AUGGCUGAAUAUCCUGUCGCCUACAAUGGCACCGGCGCGAACGGUGGAGAUUCUCUGACCGAGGAUCUUAACAUCUACUACAGCUCUGGGGAUAUCGCAUGGGUUAUCACCUCCACCGCGCUCGUCCUGCUUAUGAUUCCUGGUGUUGGCUUCUUUUAUUCCGGUCUGGCUCGUCGAAAGUCCGCCCUCUCCCUGAUCUGGCUCUCGAUUAUGUCUGUCGGCGUGGUUUCCUUCCAGUGGUUCUUCUGGGGCUAUUCUCUCGCCUUCUCUCACGGUGCUGGCUCUUACAUCGGAAAUUUGGAUAACUUUGGAUUCAAGGGUGUCCUGGCUGCUCCUUCCGUGGGUUCUAGCAAGGUCCCCGAUCUCUUGUUUGCGGUCUUCCAGGGAAUGUUCGCCGCAAUUACUGUUGCUCUCGCCGUCGGUGCAGUUGCGGAACGGGGUCGUAUGCUGCCCUGCAUGGUCUUCGUCUUUAUCUGGAGUACGAUUAUCUAUGACCCUGUUGCUUGUUGGACCUGGAAUUCUUCCGGUUGGGUCUUCAAGCUUGGAGGCUUGGACUUUGCCGGUGGUACUCCUGUCCACAUCGUUUCCGGUACCACCGCCUUGGCCUACUCCUUGAUGCUUGGAAAGCGUCGCGGUCAUGGAACCCACGAGCUCAACUACCGACCCCACAACGUCACUCACGUUGUCAUCGGGACCGUCUUCCUCUGGGUUGGCUGGUUUGGUUUCAAUGCCGGUUCGGCCCUUAGCGCGAACCUGCGCGCUGUCAUGGCUGCUGUCGUGACCAACUUGGCCGCCUCUGUUGGUGGUGUUACCUGGUGUCUUCUCGACUACCGCUUGGAGCGGAAAUGGUCUACUGUUGGCUUUUGUUCCGGUGUCAUUUGUGGUCUCGUUGCUAUUACCCCCGGCUCCGGUUUCGUUACCCCUUGGGCUGCCUUCAUCUUUGGCGUUGUCGGUGCUGCUGCCUGCAACUAUGCUACCAAACUGAAAUACCUCAUCCAAGUUGACGAUGCCCUUGAUAUCUUCGCUGUGCACGGUAUCGGUGGCUUCGUUGGUAACGUCCUGACCGGUCUCUUUGCUGCUGACUACAUUGCCCAUCUUGAUGGUGUCACUGAGAUCCCCGGUGGUUGGAUUAACCACAACUACAUCCAGCUCGGCUACCAGCUCGCGGACUCCGUCUCCGGAAUGGCUUACUCCUUCUUCGGUAGCUGCAUUAUCCUGUUCAUCAUCAACAUGAUCCCUGGCCUUAGUCUCCGUGCCACUGAGGAGGAUGAAAUUCUUGGUAUUGAUGAUGCCGAGAUUGGAGAGUUUGCCUAUGACUACGUCGAGGUCACCCGCGAUGUCAUCAGCAGCCCCAGCUCCGAACAGGUCGAUGCCGCCUCGAAGCGCAGCGCCACCCCUACCGCAACCAACGAUACCUCCGUAGAACCGAAGGUAUAA